UUUUUUUUUUUUGACUUGGGGGAGUUGGUGAGGGGGAGCAGUGAGGUUUGAACCUGGGACCUUACUGUUCACACAGGAGGUCGCACCGCUUGGUGUCCCCUUAGGGGACUAAUAUUUAGUUAUCUUAAUUCCAAAUAGUGUUAACGAGAGAAAUUUCUUUGGGUAUAUAGUAUUUUUCGGUAGUAAUAACUUCAAAUUCCAACCUGGUAUUACAACAUAUUACAAUCAAAAUCUCAUUUAAAUAUGCAAUUGACCUUACAAUCAGUAACACUGGCUGAGAAAACAAUGUUAAGCAAUUUAACUUAACAAGAAUGAUAAACCAAUAAUUAGUAGAGUUUGUAAGGUUUAUGUGUCGUUGCUAAGUAGUCGAUGAAAGCAAACUCGAUAGGGGAAUUAAAUGCACUGUUUAGGCAGCACGCCCAUCCAAAUUGAAUUAAAAUAUUCCAAUUAGAGUGACGUUUUGUUAAUUUAGGUAAAUUACAAAAACCGGAAAUGGAUUAACCUCACAAAUCAGGAAACUUGACUUGCAUUAAUAAUCCACACCACAAAUAUCUUACCUGUUUGUCUUUGUUUUGGUGGAAUGUGGCGACACGCGCGGAACGGCGCUUUGAACUAAAUGAAGAGAUUCUUAGGCCAAGGGGCAAUAACCAAACUCCAAAUCAAAGUGCCUAUGCCCCUCAUCAAUCAUUGCAAUUCUAUGUGAACUUCAAAUGCCAAUAUGUGGUACAACUAAUAUACAAUUACUACAUUUUGUUCCAUUGCCUUUAACACCCCUCUAAUAAAUAUCUUAUUUGCAAAAUGAUUUUUAUUUUCAAUUAAGUGUCUUAUUUCAGUACUAUUUUUACAAUAAAAUAAUGUAGUAAUUUCUUUUUGUCAUUUUACCCUUAUCAUCAUUACAAAAAUUAUAUUUUUUUUCAAUUUUCCAUGCCAUGAUUAAUGAUAAAAAGAGUAAAAGUACCCUCCUCCUUGAUAUGUUUGUGUUGACAGUAGGAACACUUAUUCAAAGAUGAGAAGUAAUUCUCUAUAUUUUAUACAUGAGAAUUUUAAAUAUUGUUAGUACAAGCAUAACGAAAAAUAAAAAAUAAAAAAUUAGAACAUACACAAUUUAAAUAUUAAAAGAAAUAAAGAGUAAAAUUAAGAUAGAUUAACAGUAAAUUGCAAUGAUUUUGUAAUGUACAUGACAAAUGCACCCAUCCCUUGAGUCUCAAUAGUCACAAACACAAGUGGUCCUCUUCCAUUAAUUCAUUGCUACCCACCAUUCUUAUCCUGCACCCACUCUUAUUCCUCCCCCUCUCCUUAUCCCUGCAACUCCCACUCUCCUCCAUCUCCAUGUCCAACAAUUCUUGAGCUCUCAACAUAUACAUAUCCACAUGUCGGGAACAAGUAGAGGUUGGUGGAGCAGGGAAGAAGAAAAGGCAUUUGAGAAUGGCAUUGCGAUGCACUGGAACGAGGAAUGCAGGGAGCAGAGCUGGACCAAGAUUGCUUCAAUGGUUCCCACCAAAAGCAUUCUUGAAUUGAAGCAUCACUACCUGCUUCUGCUUGAAGAUGUAGCCGCCAUUGAAGCUGGGAAUGUGCCAUUGCCUAGUUACAAUAUCACCACCUCUUCUUUGCUCUCCACCACUACUUAUAAUCAUCCUAAAGAUAAGCCUUUUUCUAACUCUACUUUCUCCUCCCACGACUCCGUCACCGCUCAGCCUCCUGCCGCCGCCAAGGCUGGCGGAGGCUCCAGCCGCUCCGACCAAGAGCGCCGCAAGGGGAUUCCCUGGACCGAAGAGGAGCACAGGUUAUUUUUACUGGGAUUGGACAAGUUUGGGAAAGGGGAUUGGAGGAGCAUUUCAAGAAACUUUGUGAUUUCAAGAACUCCAACACAAGUGGCAAGCCAUGCUCAGAAGUAUUUCAUCCGUUUGAACUCCAUGAACAGGGAUAGGAGGAGGUCCAGCAUCCACGACAUCACCAGCGUCAACGGUGAAAUCCCCUCGUCCGCCCACAUGCCGCCGCUCAUAACCGGCCAGCACGUCCAUCCCCCGCCUCCAGCCGCUCCACCUGCAAUGAAGCAUCAUCAUAGGCCAAACAUGCAUGGAUUAGGCAUGUACGGGGGCGCGCCGGUGGGGCAGCCAGUGGCCGUUCCUCCCGGCCGUCACAUCGCAUCUGCAGUCGGCACUCCCGUAAUGAUGCCUCCGGGGCAUCACCACCACCACCACCACCAUCACCCUCCUUACGUUCUUCCGGUCGGCUGUCCCAUGCCGCCACCGCCAGCCAGCCGCCCAUGAAUUAAUGGCUAAGAAAAACCUAAACAACUGUUGAGGCCUAACUUGUAGAGCACACGAUUUUACCCCAGUUGCUUAAAAAAGCAUACGAGGCUCGAGAGAUACUAACAAUAGAGGCUCUUACCAAAGGGGAAAGUGUACGUAGAAUAAUAUUCUCUUCACAUUCUUUUUAUCUGUAAAUAACAGAUCUCCCUUGCCCUAAUAAUUGCAAAAUCCAUGAAAUUGCGUUUGGAUUGAA